AUGUCACUCACACCAGCGUUGCAAGAACUCUCACUCUCGUCUCCCACCGAGCUUUUCUUACGCCGGAUGGCUGCCUUUGACCAAGACCAGGUAUUCCUUAAGAUAAUACCAAGAAAUGCAGCAUCGCACGAAGCGUUCGACAGAGCGUUGAGGGCAGCUUUACAGGACAAGGCUUUUCAUCAUGCGCAAAGCUACAUGAUGGCAGUCACCAAAGACAACCGCGGACACAAUGCAGCAGCCAAUCAAUCAAUUGCAGCUUCGCCCCGAAGAGAGGAGAACCGGGUGCGCUGGGCGGGAGGGUACGUUUUUACCAUGGGUGCAGCACCAAAGAAUCCAAAAGAGGGAUGGAUAAUGGGAUCCGGAGGCCCCAUUGCCGACGUCGACGUCCUACUAACACCCCCAGGGCCAAAAUAUCGAGACAUGGGUAUGGAAGCCCGGCACUUUGCUCUGAAGCUUGCUCCUGAUAGCGGUCGCUUCGUCAUCGUUGCGAAGCAUCCUGUGAUUUUGGCGAGUCAGAAUGGUAAAAUACUUACCCCAGGGAUGACUCAUGCUCUCAAGUACAAGGACACAAUUGUUAUCAACGAUUUCGCAUACACCUUCGAAUUCCAGGAGCUGACGUCACAACCCCGAUUCCAAGGCUAUCUUGAGUUCACCUUAAAAGAGCAAGCAGGCAAGGGCGCGGUGAUCAAUCGCCACAUGACCCCCGGUUCUGUCGUAGCUACCAGGAGAAUUGGUCAAUACCGCGCCGCCCAAAAGGAUUUUGCGAGGGGAACUUAUGGCAAAAUAUUCGCCGCAUGGGAUGAUCAGGGCGACACCUUUGCAAUCAAAAUGACAGCCUACGACACCAAAGCGGAGGUCAAAGAUCAUGAAAGCUUGAUGGAAUAUAUUGGCAAACAUGAAAACGUUCUCGAACUGGUACAAACCGUUCCGAUUCCAGGUCCAGCCUCCCAAUUGACCCAAGUCUUUCACGUCCACGCUCCCCUAGCAUCUUUCUCCCUCGCUGAUGUGAUCGGAGAGUAUGAUCUUGAUUCGGAUGCCAAACUCUCUCUGGUGAAAGACUUUCUGAGUGGUCUUGACUGGUUGCACGAAGGGCGCGAAGUCAUGCAUCGUGACAUCAAACCGGGAAACCUGGCAGUGACUACAAUCAACAACCCGAGAGGCGUCAUAAUAGAUCUUGAUCAAGCGAUCAUCGACCACGAGACUUGUCAAGAGACUCCAAUCGGCACAUUGGCCUACAAUGCGCCGGAGAUUCUCGAAGUCGAGAAGCAGAAGUUGGAAGAUCUUGAGGUCUGGAUUUAUGAUCGAUCGGUGGAUACGUGGGCCAUGGGUCUUUCAUUCUACGGAAUAUUGAUCGGUAGACGUUUUCGAUGGGCUGAAUUUGCUGACCAUGGAGAAGCAAAGCGCGUGGAUCCUGACGUGUACGAGCGGUUACAAUAUUUCCUGGGAUCAAUCGCGCUUGGGAGCAUUGCAGACAAGGCCUUGCUGUACAGCAUAAAGUCCAUGACGGAAUGGGAACCCGAAGACCGAAUCUCACCAGGAAAAGUCCUUGCAACCAUCGAUAGAAUGGUUGGCGAUCAUGGCCGUGGACACUUGAAACCAAAGGAAUUCGACAUCGAUCUGACAUUGGACCGAUCUCAGGUGCCAGCGAAGGGAAGGAUGAGGGACAAUACUAAGUCUCACGGAGCGAAAUAG